CUUGACCAGCAACUACUCCUGCGCGGUGGAGGGCUCUUCUGCUUUGGAAGCUUGGAAGGCCUGAGCUCUACCCUUUUCCAAAAGAAGAGCCCAGAGAAGGUCCUUUUCUACAAAUCUCAAAGCUAUGGCUCAGGAGUCAGUGAUGUUCAGUGAUGUGUCCAUAGACUUCUCUCAGGAGGAGUGGGAAUGCCUGAAUGAUGAUCAGAGAGAUUUAUACAGAGAUGUGAUGUUGGAGAAUUACAGCAACCUGGUUUCAAUGGGACAUUCUAUUUCUAAACCAAGUGUGAUCUCCUACUUGGAGCAAGGGAAGGAGCCCUGGUUGGUUCCCAGAGAGCCGACAAGAGGCCAGUGGCCAGUCCUGGAAUCAAGAUGUGAGACCAAGAAAUUAUUUCUGAAGAAGGAAAUUUAUGAAAUAGAGUCAGCCCAGUGGGAGAUAAUGGAAAAAUUUACAGGACAUGACCUUCAAUGCUCUAGUUUCAGAGAUGAUUGGGAAUGUAAUGGCCAGUUUGAGAAACAACAUGGCUCUCAGGAGGGACAUUUCAGUCAAAUGAUAUUCACUCAUGAAGACAUGCCCACUUUCAGUCAGCAUCCAUCCUUUACAUUACAACAAAUCAUUAAUAAUAAAGACAAAUACUGUGCAACUAAAGAAUAUAGGAAAACUUUUAGACAUGGCUCACGAUUUACUACUCAUCAGGUAAUUCAUACCAUGGAGAAGCCCUAUGAAUGUAAAGAAUGUGGAAAGUCCUUUAGACAUCCCUCAAGACUUACUCAUCAUCAGAAAAUUCAUACUGGCAAGAAACCCUUUGAAUGUAAGGAAUGUGGAAAAACCUUUAUUUGUGGCUCAGACCUUACUCGACAUCACAGAAUUCACACUGGUGAGAAACCCUAUGAAUGUAAGGAAUGUGGAAAGGCCUUCAGUAGUGGUUCAAACUUUACUCGACAUCAGAGAAUUCACACUGGUGAGAAACCCUAUGAAUGUAAGGAAUCUCUGGCUUCUGUGGACUCUAUGCUUCUCUUGGUUGACCAGUUCUUGAAUUUCUAA